AUGGAAAGAACAGCUUUUGGCAAUAAAACUUUCAACAGCCAACGUCCGAGGGUCGAUAGAUUCGUGGCACCGAGGGCCUCUUUCCCGGAAUUGCGCAGGCGCACCUUGUCUACAUGGAGUUGGGAACCACCGAACACCGACCACUGGUACACCAAAUAUAUAAAACAAAAGAAGUAUGUAAACUAUCUGGAUGACGCCUUAAAAUUGGAGCCGUUGAAGCGGCAAGAAGACAAGGACUCCAUGAAGAAGGAGGCCUGGCCCUGUAUACCUAGGAAAAAGAGUUACUUGUCAUCAGCCGACAGCAUCCUAGAUCUUCCAACAUAUAGCUUUGCUGCUUUUCCAGAUUUACUGGAUUGGAGUAACGAUAACAUCCUGGUAGCAGCCCUGGGCAGGCACUACCACAAAUGGAGCUGGCGGUCGCAGAAGCUCAUCAGCGAGGGUCUGGCCCAGUACGACAUUCAAUGUUGCAAGUUCGAUCCUCGCGGUGAAAUGCUUAUAUUAGGAACGUAUAUGAAAACUGUCGAAAUUCACGACAGCAGCACAAGUAAGAAGGUGAACAGCAACCGCUGCCAGUGUAUCACGCUUGGCAACGAGCACUGCACCAUCACUAGUCUCGACUGGAGCCCUACUGGGAACUCCUUUGUAACAGGUUGUUCCCGGGGAAUGAUGACGUCUUUCACCCGGAGCGCCUCUGUAAUAAGCUGGAAUCACAUGCUGCGGGGCGCGGUGCUGGUCGUGCAGGUGUCCCCGGACGCGCGCUACGUGGUCCUUGCCGCUGUUAACAAUAAAAUCAUCUACGUACUGAGCUGGCCUUCUCUCGUACUCAUCUCUACUGUCGCCUCGGAUUGGACAGUUACGACUCUGAGGUGGCAUCCUUGGAGAAGUGCCCUCUUAGGCAUCGGGGCAGUGAACCCUGACCUUAGGGCCACAGUCGCCAUGUGGGAUGCGCCUUCUGAGAAAGUACACGAAGCAAACAUCGGCCACGACCAGUACAGCCUUGACGCGAUGUUGUUCAGCGACAGAACUGGAGAGUUGGUGAUCAGCUUGUGGAACUCGGAUACAUCAGCGGUACAGCCGAAACCAUGUUCGUAUCUGGUGGUGCUUGGAGACGCCGAUACAGUUGUGGACCACUGGGGCGAAGGUAGCAACGGCUUGGACAGAGUGCGGACAAUGAUCUUUAGUCCCGACGGCACUAAACUUGCUACAGCAACAGCAGACGAGGACUUGAUAAUCUGGAACUUUCUACCAGAAAACAAGAAGAGGACAAGAUGCAGACGGUUCUGCUCGAUGCCUGUCUACCUUGAUACGGCUAUGCAUGGCUACUCUGUACGAUAG